AAUGGCCCCCACCAAAAAGUCCAAAGCGGCCAAGUCCACCGAGUCCAUCGCGGCCAGGCUCGCCCUCGUCGUCAAGUCGGGCAAAUACACCCUGGGCUACAAGUCCGCGCUGAAGCAGAUGCGCAGCGGCAAAGCCAAGCUUGUGCUGAUCGCCGGCAACUGCCCGCCUCUGCGCAAGUCCGAGCUCGAGUACUACGCCAUGCUCUCAAAAACCACUGUGCACCACUUUGCUGGUACCAACGUCGCCCUUGGAACGGCUGCCGGAAAGCUCUUCCGUGUCGGUGUCAUGACCGUCAGCGACCAGGGCGACUCCGAUCUGCUGACCUUCGCUGAGGGGGCUUCUGCAUG